GUUGGGCUAGAGCGGUGCUGGGGGGAGGCGUUGGGCGCUCUGCCUGCGCGGAGGGGAACUCUAUGGUGGCGGAGCGGCGCGUUAGCGGGGGGACGCAGCCGGUCUCCACCGCACCCCCCGGUCCCCAUGAAGCUGCGGGACACCCCCUCCGCCUGCCCGUCCCUGUGGCGCUGCCUGCCCUGCCCGGCGGCCGAGCUGCGCCUGGACCUGGUGCUGUCCUCGGGCCAGACCUUCCGGUGGUGGGAGAGCAGCCCGGGGAGCUGGACGGGCGUGCUGGGGGAGCGCGUCUGGACGCUGAGGCAGGACCAAGAUCGCCUCUGGUACACCGUGUACGGCGAGGAGGAGGAGGGGUGUCCCACAGAGGCGGCGAAGCCGGACGGUGCCGAGCUGGACCAGAUCCUGCACGACUACUUCCAGCUGGACGUGGGACUGACUGCACUGUACCGCACCUGGGGGGUGGCCGACCCCCUUUUCCGCAAGGUGGCCAAUGACUUCCCAGGGGUGCGAGUGCUGCGUCAGGAUCCUGUCGAGUGCCUCCUUUCCUUCAUCUGCACCUCCAACAACCACAUCUCCCGCAUCACCGCCAUGAUCGAGCGCCUCUGCCGGGCCUUCGGCCGCCGCCUCUGCCACCUCGACACCCAGCCCAUCCAUGCCUUCCCCUCCCUCUCGGCACUCACAGGUGCCGACGCUGAGGCCCGGCUGCGGGCGCUGGGUUUCGGGUACCGGGCCAAGUUUGUGAGCGGGAGCGCACAGGCCAUCGCCGAGGGGCUCGGCCCCAAGGGGCUGCACCGUCUGCGUGCCACACCGUAUGCAGAGGCCAGGAGGGUGCUGUGCGCCCUGCCCGGUGUGGGUGCCAAGAUCGCCGACUGCGUGUGCCUGAUGGCCCUGGACAAGGCAGAGGCAGUGCCGGUGGACACCCAUGUCUGGCGCAUCGCACGGCAGCGCUACGGCGUGGUGGUGGGCAGCCGGAGCCUGUCCCCCCGGGCCCACCAGGAGAUCGGUGACUUUUUCCGGGGGCUGUGGGGCCCUCGCGCUGGCUGGGCACAGGCGGUCCUGUUCUGCGCUGACCUCCGCAAGGGCCAGGAGCCAGCUAGCAGCCGGGGCCAGGACAGCCGUGGGGAUGGGUCCCCCUAGGGAUGCCCCAGGAAGGACAGAGCCCCUGCAUCGGUGGCUGUACGAGGGGUGUCACUGCCCCCGCUCCCAGCCUGGGAUGGGCAGGGGUGUGGGCAGCUGCCUGCCUUUUGCCCACUGCGUGCCUGGGGGGAGCAGGGCUGUAUCCAGCCCCCCCAGGGCAGAGCCAAGCCAAGCCGUGCUGGCCUUUUACCUUUAUUACAAGCAAUAAAAUAGAAACAUCCAUUUGGAAAA